ACCUAUCAUCAUUUUCUUCUGAAUUUAACAGGAGGAUAGAAGUACACAUUCCAAAACUAUCUAUUUAUGGCACCUAUGACUUAAAGAAGAUGUUCAUGAACCUGGGUGUAACUGAUGUAUUUUCCGACCAUGCUGAUCUAUCCGGAAUCACGGGAGAGCCAGAUAUAAAGGUUUCAAAAGCUGCUCACAAAGCCCUGUUGAAUAUCCACGAGAAUGGCACAGAAGCUGCAGGAGGCACUUACACAGAACUAGUUCCUCAUUCUGUUCCUCCUGUUGUUAAAUUCGACCGUCCAUUUUUGCUGUUGAUUAUUGAUCAAUAUACUCAUAGCAUCCUCUUCAUGGGAAAAAUUGUAAACCCUACUGAAAAAUGA